AUUGCCGGUUUAUCCACCGCUACAACUUCGCGGCCUAAAUAGUUAGUUUCUAACGUUAGUAGGUAGUGCAGGAGUUCGUUAAAUUGGCUUGAAGGUAACAUUGGCUAUGUGAAACUGAUGUCGGCUAACCAGCUAUCUUGGUAAAUUUGAAUGCGCUUGAACUUGCUGGACAUUUUAUUAAAUCAUGUUCGCCGUGUUUCUCUAAUACGCACAUUUGUUUUUCAGCCGGGUAUGCUCGAACAGACACGGUCUGAUCCGUAAAUACGGGCUCAACAUGUGCCGCCAGUGCUUCAGGCAGUACGCGAAUGACAUCGGCUUUGUCAAGGCAAGUAUUUGUUUGUACUAUACUCUUGCUUUUAGUUGACAUUACCGAUGGUGUAUGCUAAUAUAAGGGGUGAAAAGAAGGUAACGCAUUCUUCAUCUGGACGAUGUACUAUACAGGGGAUAGGCUACAAUGUUCAUGUUUUCCACAAUUACAAUUCCUUGUAAUCCAUUCUAACCCUGAUGCUUUAUGUACACAGCUGGACUAACUGCAUUGGAUGCUGAAGGUUCCCCACUGGAUGCGAAACCAACAUGGGAUGUUGCAUUAUUGCAAAUAAAUGUUUUAGUCC